GAGUGACGGGUCGGGUCUGCUAGCCGCUUCUUUCCCGGGCCGCCGGCGGCUCGGAGCUGCCCCUUUCAUUCUCGCAGGGGCGCGGAUGGAGCCAUCGUGCCCUGCCUGAGCGCUUCGGCGGGACCGGGAGCCGCUCCGCCGAGUCCGGGCGGGCAGGCGCAGCAUGGUGGACUAUAUUGUGGAGUAUGACUAUGAUGCAGUGCAUGAUGAUGAGUUAACGAUCCGAGUUGGGGAAGUCAUCAGGAAUGUGAAAAAACUUGAAGAAGAAGGAUGGUUAGAAGGGGAGCUAAAUGGCAAGAGGGGCAUGUUCCCUGACAAUUUCGUGAAGGAAGUUAAGAAGGAUGUAGAGCCCAAGGAUGAUGCUGUACCGGUCAGAAGGGAGAAAUCUGGCAAUGUAGCCAGUCUUGUGCAACGUAUGAGCAGCUAUGGGCUUCCAGCAGGAGGAUUUCAACCUCAUCCCCCGUCCAAAAACUUCAAGAAGAGGUCCAAGAAGCGGCAGUGCAAAGUGCUCUUUGAAUAUGUCCCACAGAACGAGGAUGAGCUGGAACUCAAACUGGGGGAUGUGAUCGACAUCAAUGAAGAGGUAGAAGAUGGCUGGUGGAGUGGAACACUAAAUGGCAAGGCAGGGUUGUUCCCUUCAAACUUUGUGAAAGAAUUGGAAUUGACAGAUGAUGGAGAAGCACAGGAUGCUCUGGAUGACACAGAGUCUGUUUUCAGUAAUCCUACCUCACCUGUGGCAUCUCCAGGAAAUGGGAGUGAACCUGGAUCCGGACCAGCACAGCCAAAGAAAAUCAGAGGCAUUGGGUUUGGAGAUAUCUUUAAAGAAGGCUCAGUGAAACUUAAGACAAGAUUAUCCAGUAAUGAAUCGGAAGAGAAAAAGCAAGAUAAGCCAUUACCUAAUCAUCCCCCGGGAACAAAGCUGAUUCAUUUUCCCAGUACAACAAAAACUGAAAACACAUCAGAAGCAGCAAAAUCUGAAACUGAAAGUAAAUCAAAAGCCAAGGAAUAUUGCAGGACAAUAUUUUCCUAUGAAGGUUCAAAUGAUGAACUCAGCUUUAAAGAAGGCGAGAUCAUUCAAAUAAUCAGUAAGGACACUGGAGAGCCAGGCUGGUGGAAAGGAGAACUCAAUGGUAAAGAAGGAGUCUUCCCAGAUAAUUUUGCUGUUCAAAUACAAGAGUCUGAUAAAGACUUCCCUAAGCCAAAGAAACCUCCACCUCCAGCUAAAGGUCCAGCUCCAAAGCCUGAGUUGCCAGCUGGAGAGAGGAAGCUCCCUUCUUUGAGGCCUGAAGAAAAAGAUGAAAGAGGAGCUUCAGAUCAGAAGCCUUUGAAGCCACAGGCUCCUCAAGUACCACCUAAGAAGCCUGUUCCUCCAAGCAAGACUAACUACUUACUGAGAGCAGGGCUGCUGCACCCAAAGGGUCCAGAUAAACCAGUUUUGCCAUCACCUGUAUCCAAAUCUAAUGGAGAAGUUGUUUCUCUUCGACCGAAAUCUGAAGUUGAGCCAGUAGCAAAACCAAAGUUAGACUCAGAACCAUUACCACUGAGACCAAAAUCGGUAGAGGUAGAUUCACUUGUGGUAAAAGAAUCAGAUCUGUUAAGCUUCGAUGAUGUAAUAGCUACCUCAGAUAAUCUCUCGCAUCCUACUGCAAACCGACCCAAGAUGCCUGGUAGGAGGCCACCUUCACGUUUCAUUAGCAGUUGUAGUAGUCCUGUGAGUCAAAAUGUGAGUCCAGAAAAAAGUUUGAAGGUGCAGAAAGAAGAAGAAAGUGCCAAACCAAAGCCAGUUGAAACAAAAAAGCCAUCUGCAUUCAGCCCACUAGUUCCAUCUUCAUCUCAGAGACCAAGUUCUGCUAUACUAAACUUUCUUGCUGGAGACAUCCAACAUAAAGGAGAAACAGAGGAAAACAUUUCUGUGGAAGAGCUCAGGACUCAGAUUAAUGAUUUGAUGAGUUUAGUGGAUGCACUGAAGAAAGAACAUGGGAGAGAACUGGAAAAAAUAAAGAAGGAUUUGCAAGAAGAGAAACUGUUGCGAAGUAAUCUGGAGCUUGAAAUAGAAAAAUUGAAGAAAGCAAUGAUGUCUCCAUGAGACAGCUAUGGAAUCAAUGUUUUUAACUCGCCAGGAAUUCAAAGUGAAACGCAAGGAGAACUGACUCUUACUUCAUAAUGAGGGAUGCUGGUGUUCUACAGAUGUAAAGAGAAAAAUACAGAAAAAAUAAAAGGAAUAUAGUCUUUUAUGCAGAGAAAUACAAAAACAAAAAGAAGAAUGGUGUAAUAUUUUUUUUUGCCAAUAUAAAAGAGGCCUUAUUUCUUACUGUGCUGGAACUGCAGACCUUAUUUUUGGGUUUGCUUGAGAAUACUACUGAAUCUGUAUAGAAAGAGGGAAUUCUUCAUAGAUUUUUAUUGAAUACCUGUAGCUUAAUUUUUAAAGAGAUCUAUGCUAUAAAUAGGGUGAUUUAUUCUUUACAGCUACUCUGUAAAAUAGUCUGUUGGGAGGGAUGGGAUAACUGUAUUGUAAUUGUAGUCACUACUCUUCCCCUACGAGCAAAAGGGAAUACAUGAUGUUUGUCUAAUUUUGGCAGUCUUACCCAGGGUUAUGCUGUUGUGCCUGUCUGCAGUGAGAAUAUUAAUAUCCUGUGUAUAAGUUGAGUAAUGAGAUAGGAAUUUGUAAAUGCAAUGAAGCAGGUGAAACUCCUAUGCAUUGUAGGAAGAAAGAAUGAUCUAAUUUGAGUAGUUUAGCAGAACCUUUUGUCACUUGCACUAUUGGAUUGGAAAGGGAUUUAGGACUGAAUCAUGAUGUUAGGACAAAUUUAACUUUUAAAACCACAAAAUGCAAGAAAUACAGAAACAAGAUUAGAAUCCAGUCUUAACUCAACCUGUUGUGCCUAAACUAUUGCAGCAUACAGCAUGAA